UUGAGCCGCGCUGCCAACCGCUCGGACCGACGUAGCUCCAGCAACCCGCCGGUGACUCGUCACUCCGCGCUGGAAGAUGGCUGCGGCGGACCGGCCCCCGGUCAGGGAAGGGAUCCGGAUCGUGUUACUGUGUGUGUGCUGGUACACGGUCAGCUCGGGGGGCAACAUCGUGAACAAAAUCAUCCUGAACGGAUUCCCGUACCCGGUCACAGUCUCGCUGUUCCACAUCAUAUCCAUCGUCGUCUUCCUCCCGCCGCUGCUGCGAGCAUGGGGAGUCCCCAAAACAGAGCUGCCUGCUCGGUACUACCGCUGGUACAUCCUGCCUUUAGCUUUCGGGAAGUACUUCGCGUCUGUGUCGGCUCACUUCAGCAUAUGGAAAGUGCCCGUGUCGUACGCGCACACCGUCAAAGCUACAAUGCCAAUAUGGGUUGUGCUGUUAUCAAGAAUUAUCAUGAGGGAGAAGCAAACCACAAAGGUGUACGUAUCACUCAUCCCCAUCAUUGGCGGAGUGCUGCUGGCCACAGCGACUGAGCUGUCCUUUGAUGUCUCGGGACUAAUCAGCGCUCUGGCUGCCACGCUCUGCUUCUCUCUGCAGAACAUCUUCUCCAAAAAGGUGUUGCGAGACACAAGGAUCCAUCACUUGAGGCUACUCAACAUCCUGGGCUUUAAUGCUGUCAUCUUCAUGCUGCCCACCUGGGUCCUGGUGGAUCUCUCUGUGUUUCUUGUUAAUGGAGACCUGUCUGAAGUCUCAGAAUGGUCCGGUACCUUCGUCCUCCUGCUCAUCAGCGGAUUCUGCAACUUCGCUCAGAACGUCAUCGCCUUUAGCGUACUUAACCUCGUUAGCCCGCUCAGCUACGCCGUCGCCAACGCCACCAAGAGGAUCAUGGUCAUUAGCAUCUCACUGCUAAUGCUGCGCAACCCGGUCACCCUCACAAACGUCCUGGGUAUGAUGACGGCCAUCGUCGGUGUCUUCCUCUACAACAAGGCCAAGUAUGACGCUAACAAGGAGAAGAAGCUGCUGCCCAGCGCCAAGCAGGACCUGAUGUCCUUCGACAACCCGGCGCUGGAGAAGAUCCAGGCCAACGGGUCAGUGCCUUUCUCCCACGGCUCAGAGCAGCAGCACAGCUGGAACAACGUGCUGACCGACCACUUCCAGUACAGCCGGCAGGCCUACACGACAAACAGCAGCAGCAGCAGCAGCAACCACCAGUACGUGGUGUAAAGGAGGAGUCUGUCCUCACUCUGGGUCGCUGUCAUAGACAUUACUGUGUGUAGCCGCCCUCCCAGCAGCGAGUCUUCACAGCCCCGCACACGAGACUGAAGGCAAGUGCUGUUUGUUCUGGAUAGGAAGAAUGAGAUGAGUCGCUCAUGGUGGGCCAGCAAUGUGACCUCUCCCACGCUCCUCCCCGUCUAAACUUCACUUUCUGACAGCUUCACUGUAUGUCAUUGUUUUUUUUUUUAUUGCUUUGGUUCGGACUGUAUUGGAUGAGAGGAAACAAAACUUAAAUCACCUGUUUUCAGACAUGGUGGUGACGGAUUCA